AGCCACCGCUCAGAUGGGGACCUUACAGGCUCAAAGGAUUGCGGGAUUGCAGGGUUAAUGUCAUCUUGCCCGAAUAUCAAUGUUUCCUUCAGUGGAGUCACUGUUUCUUGCUUAGUGGACACUGGGUCCAUGGUGUCCACCAUUACGGAAAGUUUUUUCCUUGAACAGUUUGCACACUGGGGUCAUGAUCGCCUCCUGUCUUGUAAUUGGCUAGAGCUGCGGGCGGCUAAUGGCCUCGCUAUUCCUUACAUAGGCUACCUGGAGCUGGAUGUGGCCUUGUGCGGUAAGGUCAUGCCCCAUUGUGGGGUGCUGGUAGUUAAAGAUCCCCCAGGGGCGCUGUCAUCUGUUCCUGGGAUCUUGGGGAUGAAUAUCCUUCGCCGAUGCUAUCGAGAGCUCUUUGGGACUCAUGGUGCCUCCCUGUUUGAUCUUCCAUCGGUGUCCCAGGCCCCAAACCCAGUUGUCGAAGCCUUACAGAAGUGCCACCAGCUGGUUGCUCAUGCUCCACAAUAUCUUGCUGGUACUGUGAGGGUUCGAGGUAGACGGCCAGUGCGUAUACCUGGAGGGGUCAUGAAGCUGGUCGCCAGUACUUGUCCUGAGCAGGCCCCUGAUCAAGUUGCCUUGUUUGAGCCCUCAGAGUCCAGUUUGCCUGCUGGGUUGCUUGUAUCUCCUUGCCUUGUUAAAACAUGUCGGGGUACGGCCCACGUCCCCGUGGUCAAUGUUGGUACGACCGAAAUUCUUCUCCAUCCACGGACUUGCCUUGGUGCAUUGAGUGGUGCCCAGGUGGUUAGUUUACCCACAGGGGUUACAGAGGUGAGGUCCAUUGCAGCUAGUGUUUCCUCCCAAGGGGCUGGCAGUUCUGCACCUGAUAAGGUUGAGUCGAUAGACCUGUCAGCAUUGGCUGAGCAGCAGCAGAGUGAAGUGAGGUCUUUACUGAGCAAAUACAGUUCCAUCUUUUCAGCCCAUGAUGGUGACUUGGGCUGUACUGACCUCAUCUCGCAUGAUAUAGCCCUUCUUGAUGAUGCUCCAGUCCGGCAGAGAUACCGGCGCAUCCCUCCUUCCGAGUACGAGGAAGUAAAAACUCACAUCAACCAGCUUCUUGAGGCUAGAAUUAUUAGGGAGAGCAGUAGUCCAUAUGCCUCACCCAUUGUCUUGGUUCGGAAAAAGGACGGCAGUCUGCGGUUGUGUGUGGACUACCGACUGCUAAAUAGUAAAACCAGAAAGGAUGCUUUCCCCUUACCUCGGAUCGAGGAGAGUCUAGAUGCACUUUCUGGGGCCCGCUGGUUCUCCACUAUAGACUUGGCUAGCGGGUACAACCAGGUACCGGUCUCCGAAGUAGAUAAAUCCAAAACUGCCUUCUGCACACCGUUUGGGCUUUUCGAAUUCAACCGCAUGCCUUUUGGGUUGUGUAACGCCCCAAGCACGUUCCAGCGGUUGAUGCAGAGGAUGUUCGGGGAUCAGCAAGGCCAGUCAUUGUUGCUUUAUCUGGACGACAUCAUCGUGUUCUCGUCCUCCGUCGCACAGCACCUGCAGCGGCUGGAAUUAGUCCUCAGCCGGCUCCAAGAUCAAGGCCUGAAAGCCAAGUUGGAGAAAUGUGCCUUUUUCCGAGAGAGAGUGAAUUACUUGGGCCAUGUUAUCUCCAGCACUGGUGUUUCCACAGACCCUGCAAAAAUUGCGGCUGUGGCCAAGUGGCAGCGUCCCCAUCAGGUGUCCGACCUGCGCUCCUUUUUGGGCUUCGCCAGCUAUUACCGGCGCUUUGUGGAGGGGUUUGCCAAACUGGCUAGCCCUCUACACAAGUUGGUGGCCGAUCUUGUAGGUACAAAGUCCAAGAAAGGAUCGGGACAAGUUCUUGGUGCAGCAUGGACACCGCAGUGUGAGGAAAGUUUUGAAGCCUUGAAGUCCAGGCUGGUCUCCUCCCCAGUGCUGACUUAUGCAGACUUUUCACGCCCGUUCAUUUUAGAGAUUGAUGCCAGUCAUAGCGGCCUUGGUGCCGUUCUCUCUCAAGAAACUGACGGUGGUGUUAGACCAGUGGCAUAUGCCAGCCGAGGCCUCCGACCCACAGAGCGUAACAUGGAUAAUUACAGCUCCAUGAAAUUGGAAUUUUUAGCGCUUAAGUGGGCCAUGACUGAAAAAUUUCGAGAGUAUCUGCUGGGGCAAAAGUGUGUGAUUUUCACCGACAACAACCCAUUGAGUUACCUUCACUCUGCCAAACUGGGGGCAACAGAGCAGAGAUGGGCCGCCCAGCUUGCUGCCUUUGAUUUCAACAUUAAAUACCGGUCAGGUCGCAGCAAUAGGAAUGCUGAUGCACUAUCUCGUAAGCAUGAGUCGGGUUCCAGUUUGGCCGAAUGGGUCCGGACGGGCACUUUGGUCCCCAGCACUCUCCAGGAAGCCACACGGUGCAAUCCUGUGACCUCUGCAACUCAGUCUGUGGUCUCCGUCCUCCCGGGGCGUUCUGCCUUGGACAUUGGUUCCUUGCAGGAGGCUGAUCCCCUCCUGCAGGAUGUCCUGGUGUUUUGGAGGAGAGGAAUUCGGCCUUCCCCAGCGGAAAGGGGACAGCUUUCCAGGUCAGCUGUGGCGCUGUUACGCCAAUGGGAUCGCCUGGUGGAGAAAGAGGGGGUGCUUUACCGCCGGCUUUUCCGCUCCGAUGGUGGAGCUGAAUAUCUCCAGCUUAUCCUACCUGCCAUUCUUAAACCUGAGACUCUGAAAGAGUUACACCAAGAGCAUGGCCACCAAGGCAUUGAGCGAACUACUGAGCUCAUACGGCAGCGUUGUUAUUGGCCGGGAAUGUCUUCAGACAUAAGGCAAUGGGUCCAAGGGUGUGAGCGGUGCCAAGUUGCUAAGGACACUGGACCGGUGUCACACAGUUAUAUGGGCCACUUGUUGGCGUCUAGGCCAAACGAAAUCUUGGCCAUUGAUUUUACACUGUUGGAGCCAUCUCGAAAUGGUUUUGAAAACGUCCUGGUGAUGACUGAUGUGUUCAGUAAAUACACCAUGGCAGUCCCUACUCGAGACCAACGACCCUCCACCGUGGCCCAGGUCCUUUUGAACGAGUGGUUUUAUAAAUUUGGGGUCCCAAGUCGCAUUCACUCCGACCAGGGCAGGUGUUUUGAAAGUGCUUUGAUCCAUCAGCUUUGCUGCCUGUACCAGGUUGAGAAAUCCCGGACGACUCCAUACCACCCUGCGGGCAACGGACAGUGUGAACGGUUUAAUAGAACGCUCCACAAUCUUUUACGUACCCUUCCACCAUCACAGAAACGGGACUGGGCCUCCUGUUUGCCGCAGGUGCUUUUCUGCUACAAUACGACCCCACAUCAAGGUACUGGAGAGUCUCCCUUCCUCUUGAUGUUCGGACGGGAACCUCAGCUCCCCAUUGACUUCCUGCUGGGCCGAGUUGACGACCCCGUGUCUGGUGAAAUACAGGACUGGGUUGUCGAGCACCAAGCCAGACUUAAAAUGGCUUUUGAAAAUGCUCGGGAAUGGUUGCUGGCUGCUGCUGGUCGCCGGAAGGAACGGCAUGAUCAGCGAAUCCGGGACUCGCCUUUGCUGGUGGGCCAGUUUGUGUACCUGCGGGACCACAGUGUUAGGGGUCGCCAUAAAAUCCAGGAUGUCUGGAGCCCGGUGGUCUAUCAGGUAACCAAGGCUCCUCCUGGUGAAGGAGCAGUUUAUACCAUAGCCCCUGUGAAUGACCCGGGCAGGGUGCGGACUGUGCAUCGUGACGCGCUGAAAGCUGUCGUCCGGACUACGCCUGUUUCCCCUUCUAGGGUGCCAGCCCCACCUGCUGUGGUGACGGAUGGGGACCUAUCAAAUGAUGGUGAUCUGUGGGUACUACUUCCCGAGGUGUCUGUACCAUCUACCCCAGUGUCUUAUAGCUCAUUUGGCCCAACAGACACUUCUGUUGAGCCUCCAGUGGAAGUUGGGCCCCACCUAGCUCCAACUGUGGCUCUGGAAGGUGCAGUACGACCUGCACCUCCGUUGCAAUCAACGUACCAACCCAUUGCUAGUCCGCAAACUCUGCGUCGGACAGAACGCUCCACAGCGGGCCAGCACUCAAACGUUCAUCGUCUGCCGCGACCUGCUAGUAACAUGGACAAUGCUGCAAAUGAGUUGCCAGGCCCGGUGUCCAAUGCUCAGUCUGCCCUCUUUAGACCAUGGCACUACGCAACUGCGGUGGGCUUGGCGAUCGUGUCUCCCGCCGCCUUCGAGGCUGCACCUCUGUUCGCCACCUCUGUGUCCAGCGUUUUGCCGGUCAUCGGCCGCCACAUCCGGAACAGAACUGCUGUUUUUGGUGCUGUGGGUCAACACGUGCGGCAGCCCAGCUCCCUGGUGGUGGUAUCUUUUCACGAGUCCGUGUUUGAGGCAAGGCAGUGGCUUGGGCUGCGGACCGCCCUCCAGGCCGACAGCCGAGGUUCUUCAGGAUGUCGCAGGAACCGCUGGACCUCCAGGCCCUCCAGGGUCGGAUGGAGCAGCUCCAGGCCGAAAAUGACCGCCUACGACGGGAUCAGGCUCCAGUUCAAGUGGACUACCACCAGCCUGCAGCCUCGACUUGACGGUUCGCCAGAUAGCUCCACUUCUUCACAACUGGCAGCUUUAACCGCCUUAGUACACAAGCAGCAGGAACAGCUAAACCAGAUUACCCAGAUGUUAGCAGCUAUGCAGAAACCCCCAGCUUCCCAGCAUAGCCGGCCAAACAUUAUCUGCCGACGAUGUCAGCGUCCGGGCCAUUAUGCUAGCGACUGUGAGAACGAACGCUCCCGCCCUCGCCCCUCCUCCACUGUCAGCGCCCCCCAGGUAGUCAUUAAGUUGGCCGGUGUGAAUGUUAAAUGUAUUCUCGAUACAGGGUCCAUGGUUUCCACCAUCUCAGAGAGCUUCUUCAAACAGAACUUUCAGGGUAAGUUAAAGUCCUGUCACUGGUUAGAGCUCAGAGCUGCCAAUGGGUUGGAAAUCCCCUAUCUGGGUUAUUUGGAGCCAGAUGUUGAGGUGCUUGGCUGCAUAAUCCCCAGACGUGGUGUGUUGGUCGUUAAAGACCCACCUGAGCGAGUAACCCCCCCUGAAGUUCCAGGCAUCCUAGGCAUGAACAUUAUAAAAGCAUGCUACCAGGGGCUCAUCCGCCAGUGUGGCCCUCAGUCGUUUGACCUCUCUGCGGUGGUGGAGCCAUCCGGGCCCUGGCUGCCCGCCUUUCAGUUUUGUCAGCAGGCAGAGGUCCAGCCUUCUCCUUCGAGCCCCUGUUUAGCUACGUUGAGGAGUAGAAGGCGUGUUCGUAUACCUGGAGGCUCCACUAAGAUUGUAGCUGCCACUUGUUCAGCGUUUGAUAACUCUAGUUCCAUUUUGGUAGAACCUUUGAGCUCGGGGUAUGAUCUGCCAGCUGGCCUGUUGGUGUCUUCUGCCUUGGUACAGGUUGUCCGAGGCACCGCCUACAUACCAGUAGUUAAUGUAGGAGUAUCUGCAGUUAAUCUUAGGCCCCGCUGUCCCAUAGGCCUGUUGUCUUCAGCAGAGGUGGUGAGUCUUCCUCCAGGGCUCUGUGAGGUACCAGGAAAGGAAGAGCAUGUUACUGCAACCAUAAUGUCUCAGACUGCAGGGGUCAGCUCAGUGCAGAAGGUGAUCAGGGACCUUGAUCUAUCCGUACUCCGUGAAGCAGAGCAGUGCAAGACGAUACACCUGUGCGGCAGCGGUACAGACGUAUCCCUCCUUCGGAGUAUGAGGCACUCGUGGUUUUCUACAAUGGAUCUCGCAAGUGGGUACAAUCAGGUACCUGUGACAGAAAAAGACAAGUUAAAGACUGCAUUUUGCACACCAUUUGGUUUAUUUGAAUUUAAUCGGAUGCCAUUUGGAUUGUGUAAUGCCCCUGGGACAUUCCAACGCCUCAUGGAGCGAAUGUUUGGUGCGCAGCACUGCCAGACUCUUCUGUUGUAUCUGGAUGAUAUAAUUGUCUUUUCUUCCUCUGUAGAGGAGCAUCUGAGCCGAAUGGACGUGGUGUUGAGCCGCCUCGAGCAGGAAGGACUCAAAGUGAAACUGGAGAAGUGCAUGUUCUUCCAGAAGGAGGUGCAGUACCUGGGCCACGUCAUCUCUCAAGAGGGUGUGUCUACAGAUCCCAGUAAGGUCUCUGCGGUGGCUGAUUGGCCACGCCCCACCACUGUCACAGAGCUGAGGUCGUUCCUUGGGUUUGCAAGAUACUAUCGACGGUUCGUUGAAGGCUUCGCCAAGCUGGCUGCUCCACUGUACAGGCAGGUCGCUGAGUGGGCUGGGAGUAGGACACAGAGAGGACGGAGCACGCUGGUUGUGAAUGCAUGGCCGGCAGACUGCGAGAGGAGCUUCACGGCAUUAAAGGCUCGCCUAGUAAGUGCACCAACCUUGGCUUUUGCUAACUUCUCCCUGCCUUUCAUUUUAGAAGUUGACGCCAGCCACAGUGGGUUGGGAGCUGUUCUGUCCCAGGAGCAGGAAGGGAAAGUGAGGCCAGUUGCCUACGCCAGCCGUAGCCUGCACCCAGCGGAGAAGAACUAUAGUUCCAUGAAACUGGAGUUCCUCGCCAUGAAAUGGGCGAUGGUUGAGAAGUUCAAGGAGUAUUUGUGGGGUCACCCGUGUGUUGUGUGGACUGAUAAUAACCCCCUGAGUCACCUGGAGACAGCCAAGCUGGGCGCCACGGAGCAGCGUUGGGUGGCUGAGCUAUCAGCAUUUGAAUACAGUGUCCGGUAUCGGCCCGGCCGCGUCAAUAAGAAUGCGGACGCCCUCUCCAGACAGACAGCUACUGGGGCCCAGAUUCUGGAGCAGAGCCUGCCGGGCACCGCUGUACCACUGGGUGUUCAGGGGACUGCUGGAGAGCAUCAGCACAUGGCUGUUCAGGCAGCUGUCCUUGCCCUUCCAUCACGGUCUCCAGCUGAUCUCCAGGCACUCCAAGAAGGCGACGCAGCUAUUGGAGCCUUCCGCCACUUCUGGCUUGACGGACGGAUGCCUGGCCUGGCAGAAAAGGAGCAUCUGAGCCUUCAGGUGCGUGGUCUGAUACGGCAGUGGGACCGUAUUCUGCAGAGGGAUGGCUUGCUGUAUCGUCGACUCCUCCGCUCUGAUGGUGGGGAAGAAGUCGUCCAACUCCUCCUGCCUGAGUGUCUGAAAGAGGAGGUUCUUCAACAGCUUCAUCAGAACCAUGGGCACCAGGGCAUCGAGCGGACUUCAGAACUGGUGAGGCAGUGGUGUUACUGGCCACAGAUGGAUCGAGACAUCAGGGACUGGUGUAAACGGUGUGAGCGCUGUAACCUGGCAAAGUGCACACAGCCCCAGGCCCGGGCUCCCAUGGGUCAUCUACUAGCCGCAGAGCCUAACCAGGUCCUCGCCAUUGACUUCACUCUGCUGGAACCAGCCCAGGAUGGGAAGGAAUUUGUCAUGGUGAUGACAGAUGUGUUUUCAAAGUUCACCCAGGCGGUGCCAACCCGAGACCAGAAGGCUUCUACUGUGGCUGAGGUAUUGGUGAGAGAGUGGUUUUAUCGCUAUGGUGUCCCGGCGCGCCUCCACUCUGACCAGGGAAGAAGCUUUGAAGGGGCCUUGGUUCAGCAACUGUGUGUGCUGUAUGGGGUGCAGAAGACCCGGACCAUGCCUUACCGUCCACAAGGCAACGGGCAAUGUGAAAGAUUUAAUCGAACGCUGCAUAACCUGCUGCGCACCCUUCCAUCUGACCAGAAACGCCAUUGGCCCAAACACCUUCCCCAGUUGGUGUUUAAUUAUAACACCACCCCACAUCAGUCAACGGGUGAGUCCCCACAUUUUCUUAUGUUUGGACAAGAGCCUCACUUACCUGUUGAUUUCCUGUUGGGUCAUCUCCCUGAGCUGUCAGCAGGGAAGGUGUGUGACUGGGUGGUCGAGCAUCAACGGCGGCUCCACCUGGCCUUUGACUGUGCCAGGGGCCGGCUGGAGAAUGCAGCAAGACGGAGGAAGGAGAAACAUGAUCAGAGGGCACUGAGCAAGCCACUGGAAAUUGGUCAAAGAGUCUACCUGCAGGACCGUGGCGUUAGAGGGCGCAACAAGAUCCAGGAUGUAUGGAGCUCAACAACCUAUCAAGUGGUGAGAGCGCCAGCGCCAGGUGGUGUGGUCUACUCCAUUGCUCCAGUGCAUGAUUUGUCCCGGGUGCGGAAUGUGCACCGGACGAUGUUGAAGCCAGCCUUGACCCUGCCUCCUGAAUGUCCUGAAGAGGAGCCACAGGAUUCCUCGGAAAGUGUGUCUGAGGUUAGCGAGGACGAAGAAGGACUGUGGGUGGUUCUGAGGAGGCCAGUCCAGCAUCCACCCACUGCAGUGCAGCCAAGCUCCCAACCCAGAGAGCAUGUAGUUCCACCUCAGGUGGAGAGAGAGGCAUCUGUCCCUUCCCCUGUGCCAGAGAGGGCAUCCAGUAGCGGCUCAGCUACUCUCAGAAAGUCUUCCCGGACCACAGCAGGUCAACACUCGAACCCCCACCGCCUUCCAGGGCAGGUAGUGGGUGAGGCAAACAGGGCUACUUCCUCUCAGGUAUUGGGUUCUAGUAGUAUAGCUGCAGCUAUUUUUAGACCUUGGUUUUGAUAUUGUGUCUGUGUAUAGUCUAUCGGUGGGGCACCGAUAAAACAAAGGGGGGGAGGAAUGUAACGGGGUGGUUAUUGGCUGUAUAAAUGUAUAUAUUGUAUUUCCCUUCUGUGUCUUUUAGUUAUGUUGCAGCAGGUCUGGCGAUUGCAGCAGGUGUGUGUCACGCCCCUUACCGGCACCUGUAGUGCAGCCGCGUCAUGGGCUGCUAAUGCAGACCUGUUCAUAUAGUCCCGUGGUUGUUCAGUCUCUCUCUCUCCUCUGCCAAGUAUGUGCCAUGUGUUCGCUCUCCAGGUUGGCGUGUAUGCCGUGAUGGUGUGGGUGUGUCCCCUUCCGGUUAGCCACCGCUGCCGCCGCUAGCUUCUGACGGCUUCAUUAUUUAUUGGUGCAGGCUACAGCCCGCCAUGCAGCCUGCCUGGCGUUAGGUUGCUGUUGUUGCCCUGCCUUGCCUCUUGCCUUUAUCUCCACGUUUUGUUUCUUUUUGUUGCCUUGCUCAUAGUUGCUCUGCCCUCGUCAGUUAGACGCUCGUUUUAAAGUAGUGUACUGUAGUUCAAGACUGACUGACCGUGACUCCUUAGUGGGGGGGUGGGAAGUAGCACAGCUUUGAGGACCUGCAAAAGUUAUGCAUGUAGCAUUAUGGGUUUUGUUUUCUUUUGUGUUGAUUUGAGUUUGUUUGAUAUUUUGUUUGGUUUCUUUUCUCUUUGUUUGCUGUGCAGGACCUCAGCUUAGUUAUCUCCUCAGUCUCAACUUAAGUUGAGUCUGUGGUACAGAUUAAUAUUGUGCUCUUUGGAAAUAAAAAUAACUAUAAUUGUUUUUACAGUAGAUAAGUAACUUAAAUAAAUUAAUAUUUCCAUUUGUGACUAAAUAAAACUUGUUAAACUUUCUAUAAACCGUGCCUGUAUUCAUUUGUGUACCGACCUGUGCUCUGAGAAAGUAAAGUUUGAAAAAGAGUAAAUUCUUUAGGUGCAAGUCCUAAGGUGGCGUUGUUGGUGUAACUCCCUAGAUCAU